AUGGUACUACAGGCUUUCUUGGAGGAAAUCAUCAAGGACCCUCGGUACCAUGACAUCUUGUCACUUGUCAAGACGGCGCGCAACGGUGCCGUGUAUGGUGCCAAGGUGCGAUUUCCGCAUGCGCUCGUAAUGAUAUUCCUCUUCCGAUCCGGAACCUUCCGCGAAAAGCUGUCCCUCGUCCUCAGGGCUACGAGACAUCAUGCCAGCAACCUGGCUCGAUUCGCGAGCAUAUACAAGAUUACCCUGCUGGCACUCAAAUACUACGGAGCCACGCCAGGCAAGGAAGGUGAGGACGGCAUCUCCCCCUCCGUGUUACAGAAGACUCCUCCCCCCACCGCGAAGAGCAGGAUGAUUCCUGACCAGGUUCCGGCGGAAAAUCAAUUCACAGGCCCGUACGAUUCCCUCGCGGCCGGCAUGCUGGGAGGCUACCUGGUCUUUGGCCGUCGCUCCCCCCGGACGGGCAAGAUCUCCCCCGUCAGCCAGCAGAUUGUCAUCUACAUCUUUGCCCGCGUGGCCCUCGCCCUGGCCAGCAUCGCCGUCAAGCCGGGACACGGCAUCCCCGGCCUGACGGAGGAGCCUGCCCGGUCGAACAUCACGCACUAUGCCUGGCCGGCCUUUGCGUCGCUGUCCUGGGGCCUCGUCAUGCUCCUCUUUGACAAGCACCCCGACGAUCUCCAGUCCAGUCUGCGGAGCAGCAUGGUCUACAUCUACAGGGACUGCGAUAGCUGGGAUUCCCUGAGGACGCUCCUGUGGCACAACAAGUAG